AUGGUGCAGUUGGUACCUUUUGCGGUUCCCAUCGAGGGUGACAAAACCUUGCUGGUGUGGGAGCUGAGCUCUGGACCCACCCCCGAGGCUUUGCAAUUGAGCCGACAUUCUCUGUUUACAGUCUUCUCUCAGUUUGGCCUUCUGUAUUCGGUCCGACUCUUCCCAAACGCAGCAGUGGGAGGUCCUGGGUUCUCUGCCAUCAUCAAGUUUUACUCAGCAAGGGAUGCCCACAGAGCCCAAAAGCCAUGCGACCAGAAGCAGCUUUUUCACACAUCUCCAGUGAAGGUUCGCCUCGGCACCAGACAUACGGCGGUUCAUCAUAAUACGCUUGCCGUAAACAACUCCAGAUGCCAAGAAUUAACAAAUUACAUUUUUGUUUUCCAUGAGUGGUCAAAAAGGAUCAUCAAGCUUCAGGAUCUUUCUAACCUUGAAGAAAGGGAAAAUGAAGAUAUUGUGACACCACUUCAAAAGCAAAGCCUGAAGUUCUUCUGUGCUUUAGAGGUGGGGUUGCCCUCCCACGAGUGCAGGAGUCCCUGGGUUGGCAUGGCUGAGGAAUCUUUGGAUAAGUUGGUGGAAGGGUCAUUAUUGUUGUUUAUGAAAAGGAAGAUAACCCAGAAGCUUGCUAUUCAGAAAGCUAUGACAGAUGCAUUUCAGAGAUUACUGAUUGUGCUUUUAGAAAGUGGUAAAACGGCUGUGGCAUAUAGACCCUGUGAAGAUGUCACAGAUGCUAGAACCGAAGAGGAACUACAGGAUUUAAUUCAGGUCAGCUAA